UAUACUCCGUUCUAUUGUUAUUUUCACCAUUCCUCAUGGUUGGUUACAUCUUAUUACUGAGAACUCCUCCACCACUCCCCAAUAUCGACAUCAAUGCCUGGUGGGGGCCUGGAAAUGAAACGAAGCAGGAUACCAGUAUUAGACCCUUUGAAGUGCAGUUCAGCGAUAUGAUGAUCCAAGACCUCAAGAAACGCCUGAAGAAGCAUCGCAUUUGGACCCCUCCGCUAGAGACCAUCGACUUCCAAUAUGGCUUCAAUACUGAUCAGCUGGACAGCUGGGUCUCGUACUGGGCCGAAAAAUACAACUUCAAAGGGAGAGAGAAGUUCUUCAACAAGUUCCCCCACUACAAAACCAAUAUCCAGGGAUUGGAUAUUCACUUCAUCAGGGUCCAACCAGAGGUAAAAGUCCCAGCAGGCGUGGAGAUCGUCCCCGUGCUAUUCCUGCACACCUGGCCAGGAUCAGUGAGGGAGUAUUAUGAGGCGCUGCCUCUCCUAACGACUUUCAGUGAGAACCGCGAUUUCGCCAUCGAAGCCAUCGUGCCGAGCUGGCCUGGUUGUGGAUUCUCUGAUGCUCCGGCUCGAUCAGGCCUUGGAACUGCGGAGAUGGCAGUGGUCCUGCGUAACCUGAUGCACCGACUUGGCUUCAAAAAGUUUUACCUGCAAGGUGGAGACAUCAUAGGCAUCAGUUUGGCCACCCUAUUUCCUCAGGAAGUUCUUGGCUUCCACUCAAAUGUGGGUGCCUCUGCAUCAAUCAGCGCUAUUCUGCUCAAUCUGAUUGGUGCUUGGUUACCGUCUUUUGUGGUGGAACCUCAUCUGGCACACCGAAUGUAUCCUCUGAGCUCGACCUUUGGCUUUCUACUUGAGGAGUCCGGCUACGUGCAUCUUCAGGCGACCAAACCUGACACUCUAGGUUUGGCAAUCUCUGAUUCCCCCAUCGGUCUCCUCGCCUACAUCCUGGAGAAGUUCUCCACCUGGACCAAGAGCGAGUACAAGCACCUGCCCGACGGCGGCCUGGACAAGCACUGGAGCAGGGACCAGCUCCUCGACAACCUCAUGUGCUACUGGGCCACCAACUCCUUCACCACGUCUGUCAGAAUGUAUGCUGAAAUAUUUAGUUUGAGGCAGAUUGGAUUGCAAAUGGAUGAGAUCCCAACCCCAGUCCCAACCUGGAUCAUUCAAGCAAAGAACGAGCUGAUCUUCCAACCCUGGCGGAUCCUACGAAUAAAGUUUCCUAACCUGAUACACACCAACGCUAUCGAAGACGGUGGUCACUUCCUCGCCUUCCAGCUACCAAAAGUCUUCUCUGAAGACGUGUUGAAAGCUGUCAGCGCUUUUAGGAAGCAAAAGAAGGAAAAUACUGAGUUGUAAAUAGGAAAUCGUGAGCUAAUAUCAAGUUUAGGUAAUAAA